GAAGGCAGAGACGACGACACCCACCCACUGCCACCCUCCCUCGCUCCGACCUUCCAACCUGCCAACUGCACAGCCCGCCAGCCUGCCAGGCACCGUUGUUUAGCGCAGGUCUUGCCGCGCCCGCCCCACAGUGACAAGCCGUCGGUGCAUUUCCGGACGCUGGGCCUGUUUGCUUUGGCGCCUCGAAGCUCCAUCAAAACAAGGCACACUGACAGCAACGCGGGGCACACGCAAUCUCCGCGACCCCCCCACCGCCGGUCGUUCGCUCCAGGGUUUUGUUUCCGCUGCCCGUCGCCGUUCGGCAGGGAAAGUUCAAGCAACUCAGCCCAGCUGGACGGGGCUUCUAGUUUAGCGGCCCGUUGCCCGUUUCGCACCUUGAGGAGUCCGCGGCCCAAGCCGCCAAGAUCCCCCCGGAGACUAUCAAAGGUCAUCGAGAGAAAGGUUUCUGGAGCUGCCAUGUCCCAGUCCUCUGUGACAGGAGGCGGGGCCCCGGCACAGCCCCGGGCCAUCCUGCGUGGACACAAGGCCCAGGUCCACGCCGCCGUCUUUAUACGGGGUGGCGAUAGGCUCGUAACAGGCGAUGCCGAGGGUUUCGUCGUCGUCUGGGACCUCACCAUAAUGCGCCCCAGGGCCGUCUGGAAAGCUCACGAGGAUGUGCUGCUCGGGGUCCGCGAAUGGGGCCACAAGAGGCUCAUCACACAUGGCCGAGACAACAAGCUUAUCGUAUGGAAGCUGGGCGAGGCGGAUGAAGCCUCGCUAAGCCGUGCGCUCCCUCUCGAUCCGUCUCCGGAGCCGAGACCACAGCCAUGGAUAUUACACAUGCUGGAGGUCAACACCAUGAACUUUUGCACUUUCUCGCUCUGCGAAAUCGAGUGGUCCACUUCCACACCACUACCACAACUAGAGGCAUUGGUCGCUGUUCCGAACACACUAGCUCUUGAAGCGAUCGACAUCUUCCGCCUCCCAGCGCAGCGGCGCGAGCACACAGUCAAGCUGGGCGGCAAAGACGGCAUGGUCAUGGCCCUGGAGCUGUUUCACACAGGCGACGCGCUCACGCUCGUCGUGGCUUACGAGACGGGCACCGCCGCCGUCGCCCAGCUCGACGGCGGUGUAGGUGGCGGCUGGAGCAUGCUAUACAAGGCAAAGGCCCACUCACAGCCAAUCCUCUCGCUGGACCUGCCGCCGAGCAGGGAGUAUUUCCUGACCUCGAGCGCCGACGCCGUCAUUGCAAAACACCCACUGCCUCGGUCUGCCCACGCUGCAGAGACGGAAACGGCACCGACAGAGGGCGGCCACAAAGACGCCCAGCACACCGAGCUCGAUGAAACUUGUCCCACGCAGGGGGAUUCCACCGACUCGGCCACCUCGGGCCCUCCCGCAGGCGCCAAUCAGGCUGCGCCGCGUGGCAUCUCGCUCCUGGCGGCCGCGCUGCGGAGCUCCGAGACAGGGCCGCCGGGCACGCCGACGCCCGCCGGGGCAAAGAACAAGGAGCCGGAGCGGAUGGCGACGGAGCCCGUCAAGAUCACCAACACCAAGCACGCCGGGCAACAGGGCCUGCGUGUCCGAUCCGACGGCCGCAUAUUCGCGACGGCGGGCUGGGAUUCGCGCGUGCGCGUCUACUCGUGCAAGACCAUGAAGGAGCUGGCCGUCCUCAAGUGGCACCAGGUCGGCUGUUACGCCCUCGCCUUCGCUCCUGUUGGCCCGAGUGGCGAGGGCAAGGACGGUACGGCUACGCUACAGGCGGUAGGCGACUCGAGCGUUGUGCCAAGAAUUGGCGACGUCACUGUCAAGGAGAAGAGAAUCCAUCAUGCAAAAAACGCACACUGGCUCGCUGCAGGGGCUAAAGAUGGCAAGGUCAGCCUCUGGGAGGUGUAUUGAGCCGCCGUUGCAUCGAUGAUGGACCUAUAGCAUGGUGGGUUGGUGGCGUGCUUGACCAGGACGAAUCUAUCAACCAAUCAUGUUGCCGAUGGGCGCCCUUGGCCUGCAAACAAAACCAGAGCAUACUCCCAACACUUCGGCCGGCUGUCACCUAGGUUGAAGCCCACAGACAAUGAGGCGCGUAAUGUUGGGUAUCUUCUAGCCUCGAAAGGCGCUGCAAAGGUAUUGCCUGCGAGGGGAGAAGUGGUUGUAUAAAUCACGAGUGGCUAUCGAGACGUGGCGAUCCUGUCAACUGGCUUGUUAGCGGGGGCAGUGUGGAGCUUGGCGGACUAGGUACAUACUGAUCGGCUUAGACCCUCGGGUGCUCGACUACAUGAUUCUCCUGGAAUACCUCAAGCGCAAUACUCGAUUGAUUGCGCCAGCGACAUGGAGUAUGCACCAGAUCCAUUGAAGUCGUGGAAUGCACCCG